UCACAACGUAAUGAUAUUUCUGUCUUUAUGGUUUUUAGAUCCAUUUUUCGGUUUUUUCAAAAUUUAUUCAGAUCAGUAAAGUACAGUAUUAUGGGGGACUGCGCAGAUGCAAAAUUAGUUAGUCAAGUUACGGUGCCACCAAUACCGAAACUUGGCGACAUGCACAUGUACUGGGUUUGGCGAAUGCUGAUUAAAUCAUAUCUGAAUGCUAUAGGUCUUUGGUCUGGAAAUCACCCCAAGGAGAGCGCCCACACAAAGUUUGUGCUGCUGAGCACGUUGGAAAUAUGGGUUGUAAGAAAGGAGUACGAUGACAUGAGCAGCAGGUCCAUUUUCGAAGAUCUCGAGGAACGAUAUGCUGUCACUAACAAUAACAAACGAGAUUCUAUGUACAGUAUUUAAUGGCUGCCUGGAUUACUACUGUAGUGUAAUAAAUUUCAAAUUAAAUAAAUAUUUAAAUAUAUUUAUACAUUUGGUGAAAAUUGUCGAUCUCGGACGGUGGGAUAUUAUAUUCAUUUAAAAUUUGUCAUGUUCUGCUCAUUUUGAGCACACCAGUGCUGCCCAUCGAUUACCACGCGUUAGUGCCUGUGCGCAUCUAACGCGUUAGUGUCAUUCAACGUUUGACACAUCGUUCAAUAAAAACAAAUCAACUUCGACUGCUUGAAAAGCAGCAGGAAUAUUUAAUACAACGCUGGAACAACUUAAAUUUACUACUCCCAAAAGUAGAAUUGUAUCCAAAUUGUAGCUAUUUUCAGUCGAGAACCAA